UCCGCUCCGCUCAGUUUCGCUCAGACCGCCGAAGGGGAAGCACGUAUCGCGCGCUCCCACUCAUAUUUCGAACGCGACAAUUAAAAUGACAUUAUAACACUUUUCUGCAAAAGUUUUUGUUAAUGUGUGCGUGAUUUUGUGCUCUGUGAUUGGACAUUUUCUAAGCAACAUGUGGUCCGGCAAGAAGACGUCUGAGGCGGGGAGCCCCACGGACGAGGAGGUCAAGGUGGUGCUGGUGGGAGACACGCAGUGCGGCAAGACAGCGCUGGUACAGCGAUUCGUCAGCGAUACUUAUACUGAGGCAUACACUCCCACUGGGUUUGAGAAGUACGGAUACACGUGCACGGUCGCCGACUAUAGAGUCAACUACUCCGUCUGGGACACCUCGGGCACAUCAUCAUACGACACGGUGCGGCCGCUGGCUUACCAGGACGCGCGCAUCUUCGUGCUGUGCUUCAACAUCGCGGAGCCAGAUACACUCGCCAACGCCGCUGCUAAGUGGUACCGUGAAGUGCGCACACACGGGGGCGCGGCGCCGGUGCUGCUGUGCGGCUGCAAGGCGGACCUCAGACACGACAAGGAGACCCUCACCAUGCUGUCCAAACUGCGCACACACCCGGUCACUAGUGAAGAGGCCUUAUCCGUAGCUCGGCAGCUGGGUGCGGUGACGUACGUGGAGACGUCAUCCCGCGCCUCCGCCAAGGGGGUGAAAGACGCCUUCGAGGUGGCAGCACUGGCAGCUCUGGGGAAGUUAAACAAGCAACAGAUUAAACAACAGAACCAAGUGGGCCGAAGCAAAAGCAAGCGUGACCUGAAAGCCGAGCUAAAAGGACGAGCGAAGAGCUGCUGCGUCAUGUGAUCCGUGGCCGGCCACCCCUCGCGGUGGCCGCACGACUGCUAGACCACCGCGGAACCAGAACGGAACCGGAAUCAGGCCAAAAACCUCUUCAAAGUCUCCGACUUUCUGCAACUAUACACGUGGAAUAGUACCGGGCGUGAACACGACCCCUGUGGUACUCCCGUGGAAACUUUUUGAUACUGUGUAACGAAGAUACGGGACAAGUUUGGCGUUUUAUACUGUCAAAUAAAAUUAGGGUACGCUAAAGUUUUAUAAUACUAGAGAGCAGAAUAUGAAGGGUGAAAUGCGAAGUUGGCCAGGGCCAAGCCUGUGAUAACACAGUACAUGCGUACUGGGAUAGAGAAUUACGGCCGUAGACGCUCAUUAUACAAUUAGAGUAAGUUUACAUGUUCGAUAGUAGUUAAAUGGGUGUUUUCAUAUACAUAAAUCGAUGUUUAUAGAGGCGUAAUAUGUAAAUAAGGUGUGCUCAAGGAUGUUUUCUUUGUGAUACAUAUACGUAAAUGCACAACGUUGGACAAUAUUUGAAUUUUUGAGGUCCACCUUAGCGUCCAUUGCUAGAUUUUGUACUCGUAUAGGUGUGUUAUUUAUUGUAGUUUACACAUUAUUGUUUGUAGCUGAAAUUUU